AAAGUAGAAGUAAAAUCACCAAUUUAAAAAGAAAUUGAAAAAACCCCUCUUUCUGAUUGAUCUAUAUAAAAAUUGCUGAGUAUAGGAGCAUUAGUGCAAUAAUUUUUUUUUUCAUAUUCAAGAAAAAUCAAAGAAUUCUUGAAAAACCCCAACAAUGGCUAAAUUCACAGUUAGAGCAGAAAACAAUAACUUAUUUAAUUUUCCCAACUUUGUAAACCAUAAAGUUUCAAUCUUUAACACUUUGAGACCUCAAAGAUUGAAUCUUUUAGCCCAAAACCAUAGUUUGAAGUUCAGAGUUUCUUGCAGCAUAAUAGAGAGAGAAAAGGAAAAAGCUUUAGAAAGGCAGAGAAUACUUGAGGGGUUGAAAGUGAAUGGUGAGUUGAGCAAGAAGGGGGAAUUGAUCUCAACUUCUGGAAAUGAAUUGGGAGCUGAAAAUGAGGAUAAGGAAGUUGGUUUUGAGUGGAGUUGGCCACCUUGGAAGAAUUUGCCUCAAAGAUAUAAGCUCAUUGGAACUACUUCUCUUGCCUUUGUUAUCUGUAAUAUGGAUAAGGUCAAUUUGAGCAUUGCCAUUAUUCCAAUGUCGCAUCAAUUCGGUUGGAAUUCAUCAGUAGCUGGAUUGGUCCAGUCAUCUUUCUUUUGGGGUUAUGCAUUAAGUCAAUUGCCAGGUGGAUGGCUUUCGAAGAUAUUUGGUGGGAGUAAAGUUCUUGAAGUUGGAGUCUUAGUCUGGUCUCUGGCAACAAUGUUAGUUCCCUAUCUUGCAGGGUUUAUGCCUGCACUCAUCUUUUCAAGGAUCUUGGUUGGGAUAGGAGAAGGAGUUUCACCAUCAGCUGCCACUGACCUGAUUGCCAGGACAAUACCAUUAGAAGAACGCUCUCGAGCAGUAUCAUUUGUUUUUGGUGGUUUGAGUUUUGGAAGUGUUACCGGACUUCUGUUGGCUCCUCCACUGAUCCAGAACUACGGGUGGGAGUCUGUAUUUUACUUGUUUGGCUUUCUAGGCAUAGGUUGGUUUUUAGGAUUUCAAUUGGUUAAAGAAGAUCGGCCCUGGUUUUCCACAGAAUCCAUGUCUUGGCCGCCGUCUUUUUCUAGAAAUAAAUCAAUGGGUUCAUCAUUGGGAGAGUUGAGCGCCUCUCUAAAGGAUGUACCGUGGAAGGCAUUUUUCAAAAGCAAAGCUGUGUGGGCGAUGAUAUAUGCACAUUUUUGUGGGAGUUGGGGCCAUUAUACUUGCUUAUCUUGGCUUCCUACCUAUUUCAGUGAGGAGCUGAACCUUAAUCUGACAGAAGCAGCAUGGGUCUCAGUUUUCCCUCCAUUAGCUUCAAUUUUUGUUACAAGCAUUGCAUCACAAUUUGCUGAUAGCUUGAUUUCCAAAGGGGUUGAUACAUCAGUGGUGAGAAAAAUUUGUCAAACAAUUGCUUUUUUAUCCCCGGCGACCUGUAUGAUUCUUUCUUCCUUGGACUUUGGUUUGCCUCCUUGGGAAGUAGUAACAAUCCUCACUGGUGGUUUAGCUCUCUCAAGUUUUGCCUUAUCAGGCCUAUAUUGCACCCAUCAAGACAUUUCACCCGAAUAUGCAAGCAUUCUUCUGGGUAUUACCAACACCGUGGGGGCAGUUCCCGGAAUUGUAGGCGUCGCUCUCACUGGUUUUCUUCUUGAUUCAACUCACUCGUGGAGCAUUUCUUUGUUUGCACCAUCAAUUUUCUUCUACCUCACUGGAACAGUUGUGUGGCUGGCAUUUGCAAGCAGUAAGCCGCAGACCUUCUCGGAGGGUGAUUGACCUCAUUAUUCAGCUCGGGUUGAUCAGCAAACAUACAUAAAUACUACUAACAGCUCAGCACGAAACAUAUUGUCUACUAAUCCAUUUUUUUUUUGUAUGUAUAAAGUAUAUUAAUCAUGAAUUGUAGGGAUUUUGCAACUUUAGUGAAGAGUACCCUCAUUUUUCAGAUUGUAGUUACAUAAAGUGCUCAGCAGAUGUAUAAUGAACAUCUUUAAUAGUUAUGGUUUACUCCAAAUACUCAUCAGCAGCUUUCCAUGGUACUUUUUGCAUUA